AUGAACCAACAUGAUGCAGUAAUGCCAAUGAAGAUCUAUCAAUUCUUCUCUGAUGUCAAAAUUACACAGAAUACAUUUCCUAUUUUAAAUUCACUUAGUAUAUCACAUAUUGAUCAUAAUCUUUGGAAGUCAAUUAAAGAUCACAUAAGACAAAUUAAAUCUCUGAUUUCUAUUUCGAUUUAUUUAUCUACUACAUUACCAUACAAUCCAGCAUGUCAAUUAACAGUAGAUAUUCUUCGUGAUUUAUUAUAUUGGUCAUCAACACUUAAAAAUGUUUAUCUUGAAGCUGAUGAUCGAUUAGUUGAUAUUUCUCGUUUCAAUCUUCGUCAAGAACAAAUUUCUUCAAUUGAACAUUUAACUUUACGUUAUAUAACUAUCGACAUAAAACAUUUAUAUUUAAUUGUACCCGAUUUACGUUUAUUUGAUGCAAAAAUAGCUUCAUUUCAUCAUAUUCAAGAUACUUAUUUGUAUUCUUUUCAACAUUUACAACAGCUAUCAAUUCAUGUUAAUCGUUUUCAUAUGUUAACUAUUGAGCAAUUACUUUAUCCUAUGAUAAAACUAAAUCAAUUAGUUAUUACUGGAAAUCAGAUGUAUAAUGAUGUAUGUGAUGGUCUUGCAUGGGAACGAAUAUUAACUAACAUCAUAUCGUUUAAGUUCAUGUUUAGUUUUGAAGAAAAUCAUGAUUUAAUUCAACUUGAUUCAUUUCGUUCGUCAUUUUGGCUUGAACAAAAUCAUUGGUAUGUUCAAUAUGAUUAUUCUAAAAUUGGUAAAUUUUCAUUACUCUAUUCGAUUCCUUAUUUUAUGAACACAUAUCCAUGGCUUCGUAUGAAAGGAUCGAUUGUAUUCGAAUCAACCGGACAACAACCGAUAGUAUUUUCUAAUGUAAAUCGUUUAAUUGUUGAUUAUCAACGACCAAUAAACAAUGAACUUCGAAAUCGUUUUACUAACAUUGAAGAAUUAAUUCUUGACGAUAAUGAGAAAAGUUUUGAUAUGUUAAUCAAUGAUAUUGUUCCAUAUAUUGAUAUGUUGUUUAUUAAUUCAUUUACUAUUAAUCAAUGUUUUUCAGAAUUUGAUGAAGAUAAUUUCGUUCAAUUUAUAAUGAGUAUACCUCAUUUGUGUUCUGUUACUAUUCCAAUUGAUCUUCUCAGAUUAUCAUUGAACAAUUGUUGGCAAAAGAUUAAACGACUAAAAAUAUUGCCAAGACGUCAGAUAUGGUCUGCCAGAUUUAUGGAAAAAGGCUUAACAUCGAACGAAGUUGAUAUGUUAUGCUCUUCGUUUCGUUCUAUGGAACAAAUCAGUUUUCAUGUUGAUAUAAUGCCAUAUUUAGUUGAAUUUUUAACAAAAAUGCCAAAGACAUUAUCAACUAUAGUUAUUGAACAUUUGAUUAAUGGUAUAUCUACUGACAUUACAGCUUCUACAACUUACAAAUGUAUCCGAAGUUUUGCAUGCUCACAUCGAAUUUUUUAUAAAUUUCAUGAAAAUGAGC